CACAAAAACUAAAAUGUCCCAAACAAAAUCUCCACGCCUUCAAACCCAACACAAAUUCACUUCAAUAAAAUGGCCAUCAACUCACUGACCAAACUCUCUACUUCUACUUCCACUCUUUGGCCACACCUCACACUUCCCACUUCUCCAAAAACUCUCCUUUCCACACCCGCUAAAUUUGCUAAGUACACCCCCAUAUUUGCCAUGGCCAAUACCACAGCUACCAAGGUGGCCCCUGCCGUUAUCGUCGGCGGCGGACGUGUAGGACGGGCUUUACAGGACAUGGGUAACGGUCAAGACUUGAUUGUGAAGCGAGGGGAACCUGUGCCGCUUGAUUUUGAGGGUCCUAUUUUGGUUUGUACGAGGAACGAUGAUCUUGAAGCUGUGCUUGAGGUCACACCGAAGUCUAGAUGGAACGAUUUGGUUUUUUUCCAGAAUGGGAUGCUGGAACCGUGGCUUGAAAGUAAAGGUCUGGUUGAUGCUGACCAAGUACUGGCUUAUUUUGCUAUAUCAAAACUCGGAGAACCUCCUAUUGAUGGGAAGACUGAUACCAAUCCUGAAGGAUUAACAGCGGCGUAUGGUAAAUGGGCAGCUACAGUUGCUGCAAGAUUAAAUGCUGGAGGCCUUUCUUGCAAGGUUCUUGACAAGGAAGCAUUCCAAAAGCAAAUGUUAGAGAAGUUGAUAUGGAUUUCGGCGUUUAUGCUUGUUGGAGCUCGCCAUCCUGGUGCAACUGUAGGUGUUGUGGAAAAGGAAUAUCGCUCUGAGGUUUGUAGCCUCAUUGUGGAACUAGCAUCUGCAGCUGCUGCCGAGAAAGGACUAACAUUUGAAGAAGCUAUGGAGGAUAGAUUAUGUGCAUAUUCACGAGCUGUUGCACACUUCCCAACUGCAGUUAAAGAGUUCAAAUGGAGGAAUGGCUGGUUCUAUUCUCUCACCGAGAAGGCACUUGCUGCAGGAAAACCUGAUCCGUGACCCCUGCAUACGGCUUGGCUUAAAGAAUUAAAAGUUGUGUAGCAAAAAUUAAUUGCACUCAACUUUGAGUGUAUCAAUAGUUUGGAAUUAUGCUUGUAAGAAUAAAAGAGUAAUAUUGGGUGGUUCAGAUCUUGAUUUGCUUUCCUUCAA